AAAGAUAAAGGGUAAAGAUGAAAUGGAAAACAAGACGGAAGAUCAACUCUCUAUGAUUCUGGAUACAUUACACAGACUGGCCACCUUCAGCCUUGUGUACGGAACCAGUGAAUACAGCCCGACAAGAUGGGAUGCUUUCCUGUCGGGAUCUAUUCUAGAUGAGCACUUCCUUCAUCUCAGCCAAGCCAACCUCAGCCGAGCUUCAGUCAUUUGGAAUAGACACAAGGAAGCCUUUGUAGCGGUGAUGUCUGAAGACUUGCUGGAUAACAUGCUGAGGUCCAUACCAGGGGAUUCCCCAUCGUAUGACAUCAUACCAUGGCUCAGGGAUGACAUCAUUCCCUUUGUGUAUCAGAGCUUCCACCAUGGCAAGAAGCUAGUGAUCUCAUGGAUUGAGGAAAGAGUGACCUGCCUGGAAGUGACUGAAAAGACAGGAUGGCCCAGCAACGGUCUAGAGUUAGCUGAAUUAAUGUUGAAAGGUAACCAGCAGCUUAUCAAGUCAUCCAGUGGAACCCAUUUCUCACAAGCACUAACAGAGACAAACGGAAGUGACUGCAAGGAGUCCAUGGAGAGACUAAAAGAACUGGUCCACAACCUUCAAGAGCUCAGAAUCCUCCAUACCAGAUACAGGUGUUUCCUAACUCUCGACCAGUUUUGCAAGGAAACGACAGAGAGCAUCUCGUUCAGGAUGCUGGAGAGGGUUGCUGCUCCCGAGCUUGUUCCGGGGACCAUCACCAAAUGCAUCAUACCCUAUGCUAAGGAUCACAAGCUAGAGGUGGACAACCUGCUCUUGAAAUACAUACAGGACCUUCUGUCUGUACCGAGUCUGUUCGCCACCUAUGAAGCAUCCUGGGAAGCCAAAGCCAUCACUGUCAUAAGAUGCAUCAAGGAUCUUACUAGUCAGUGUGGAGCCAUACUAGCUCUGAUGCAGAAGGCACCCGUACCAUGGAGCAGGGGAAUGGAACAGGUGGUCCAGUAUGGCUUGUCCCUCAAACAUCCUAUGGUUGCCCAGCUGGAGGAACGUCAUGGUAUUAUGAAAUUGAGAGACAUGUUCAUGAAGUAUGACCUGACAUCGGUAUGCCUAGGAGAUACAGAUAGUAUGAAGAUUGCGGUGAAGAAUAUCUUGAGUCGGGAGGACCCUGCGGUUCUAGAGGAUGCCUUACGUGUUGUCAAAGCUCACUCCAGUGAACUCUCCAAGAUGGAUGCCUAUCUCUUCAGACUCCAAUACCUCAUCAGGUCAAAUCAGGUUGAGAAAUGCCUGGAUUUGUUGUGUGAUCUGCCGCACCAAGAAGCUUUGCUCUGUCUGUCUCGGAUCUUGUCCUGGGCUGAGAUCAUCAUGAACGACCCCGCAGAUACCUUCUGUGAUGAAGAGAGCAAAGACUAUCGGGUGUUGGUAGGGCAGGCUGCUAUAAGAUUGCUGCAGACUGAUCUCUAUAUGGAGCUCAGUAAAGAUCCAACACAAGACAAUCUUAAAGAAGAAGAGCUUCAAAGUCUUCUCUAUCUGCAGUUGGAAUACGGUCUUCUUGUUCCAUUGGGUAGUUACAGGGACGAUGUCUUCAGAUUACAGCUUCUCAAGAAGGUCGUCGUUGAACACUACAAAGAGAUUCGCACAGGAAUCAGAAAGAAAGAGAAUUGUGGAGCUGCCGAGAGGAAGUCAAGGGAUCUCAAACCAGGAAACUUUGUCAGAGUUUUGAGACUUGGUGAAAUCCUAGGUGUAUCGACCAGUGAGCUGAGAGGUGAGAUUGCUCUCAAAGCUGCUCAGACAGGAGAGAUCAACACAGCUGUCACUAUAUGCAGUGAUCUGUGUGAGCCUGACUGUUCCCCCGAGGUAGCCUACACCCUCUACCAUGUCUCCCACACUAUCUGCACCCAGCUGGCCAAUGAGCAUGACAUCUUGGGUGGGCCAUCGGGAGGUGAUCACAUCAAACAACUCUUAAAUCUAACCCAAAAAGCAACUGCUUCCUGUAACCCAGAAUUACUUGCAGACUGCCUUGAUCUUAGCACCAAGGUCCGCUCCUUGAGAGACCUGUGUGACCAGUGUGAGAGUGGAGACUAUGGUAUCUCAGUGCAGAUUGGGGCUGCAGAGACCAAGAAAGAUCCCUACGAGGAGUACACCUAUGAGAUGUUCUUCAAGGAAGAUUCACUCGUUUUAUCAUCUCAAGAUGUCAUUCCUGUAGCAGCAGAGUUUGCUCUGGCAUGUCAGCCGACGGUCAGGCCAAAGGACGCUCUGCCGUUCCAGCAGGCCAGGGUGUCUGGACAACCUGUCUUGCUCAAAGAUUCCAAAGAGAGUAAUAAGCAAGAAGCCGUCCAGUCAGGUUACAUUGGUCAGGUUGCAGCCUCUACCAAGUACCUGUGUCAGACAUUCAAGGAGCAUAACCAGUGCUGCCUGGCCUUUCAUUAUGUCAUGGAGUUGCUUGCCAUGUCCCUGGUCCAUCUCUCAGUCAACACCGGGAACAGAUCACUACAAGAUGAGGUUACAUUAGCAGCUGUAGAGAAAGAAAUGAAAGAAAUGGCUGAGGUUAUGCCUGUUGCUAAGCAGAACAUCAGCAAUCUGUCAUCUAUUCUACUUAACAAGAUAUUCAGCUGUCGGACUGUGGAUAAGUUCUUGGCGCUGUGUUACCUCACCAUUCAGCCAUCCAAAGAACAGAUCAAGAAGCUUGUCUACAAUGCUGGACAAAACUACAAGAAAAUCUUAGCAAUAGCCCAAGUAGGAUGUGAGAUGGCUAAGAUGAAUCAGGAUGCAAAAAUACAGACUGUGUUCCAAGACCUCGCUACUAGUGCAUUAUGGGGAGAUAGACUCCUUAAGAUUAAGGUGUCUUUCAAAGAUGCGUUCAACAGCAUGGAGAAGAAACGUCUGUUGUUACCUCAGCUUAUCACUCACCCACAAACCAGUCUAGAACUCAUCACUGAAUACUGCAGAGAUUUCAAACUAGAUGAGCAGGAGGCGCUCAUGAUGUAUGUUCGUCUGCUGCUGUUGCCUAGUGACAGUGAAAGGGAAGAUCACCAUGGCAACAGCAAAAAGCCUCUGGACAAGAAAGUGAUCCUCUCAGCCGUUUCUAUGAUCCAAAAAAGAGGAGCUCUCGUUCAGAUGCUGAAGGCAAAUGUAGAUAAGAUUGACUGCUAUGACUAUGAGAUGCUUCGUCUAGUGCUAGGUAUUAUCAGCGAUAGCUGCUUAGAUGUGACGGACCAAACCCAUUCUACUGAGGUGGGUCUGCAACUUCUGGACUACCUGGAGGCAUAUACACGUCGUAAGCCCCCGUCAGAGUAUGAGAUCAUGUUUCAACAGAGUGGAGAAGAUGAAGGGCUGAUGCUUACCACAAAACCGCUACCACCGCUCUCAAAGACACGACUACCAUUCCAUCCUCUCUUGAAAGGUGGACAGUGGAAAAUUCUCUGUCGUGAACUCAGUGAAGACACUCUGGCUGAACUCCUACCUAUCGCUGAAGUACUACGGCUUUCCACCGAUCAGCUGUAUGUGACCACCAUCCAAAACAUAGUCAAGGCAAGACAGCUGGGUCAGAAAGUUGCUACAGGUGAAGAUGGCAGGGGCGACAAAGGAUUCCGGCCACCCUGUAAGCUGGACAUGGAUACUCUAGCUAAGGUCAAGAACAUUUUGCUCAAAGUGAAGCAGCCUGAGAUGGCCGUCGUGACAGCUAGAUUCAUAGCCAAGGAGCUCCAAGUCAGUAAACAGAAGGAGAUGGCUCUGAAAAUGUGUGAGCGACUAGCUAGCAGAUGGCAAGAGUUGAGUGAAGAAGGGACUCCUGACCACCAGAAGGCUUGUGCCACCCACCAGCGUCUGGUUGCCGAGCACCGAGCUGUCUGCACGGAGGAGGCUCUCCGGAGGCAUGGCCUGGCCGAUCCUUUGCACGUUCAGAUGAUCGCUACACCUGCUAAGCUCAUCUUCAAGCUCUACGAACACCCUAGCAUUGAGCAGUGUCUGCAGGGUUACCAGCAUAACCUACCAGACAUUAAUGCUGCAGUGGAGGAGAUUGCCAAGAUAAACAACAGUAAUUUAGAGAAGAUUAGAAUUCAUCUGAUGGAACAAUGGAUGCCUCAACCCGUCAUGAGCAAACAAGAAGAAACGACCAUGAACUUCUCAUUUGGGUCAUCAGGAGAGGAUGAGAUUCCAGAAGAAGAGAGAAGUCUCAUGAGGUUGAAAUAUCUGCUGCAAAGACAGAAUCCAGAGAGUACAGUUCUCUUCUUGUUAAAUGUUGCAUUCAAGCAAACCUCGACUCACGUCACUACGGGAUGCCAGGUGAGGGCACUACGUUGUCUCUUCUCUCUCUCCGACGAUGCCGUCAUUUCUCAAGUCUCCAAACAGUCUGCCUCUGAGCUCAGAGAGUACUUGAAGAAUCUGGUGUAUCUGAGUGAGUUUGAGGCUCUCAACAUUGCCAUGGAUCUGUCCACAUUGACAUCCUCCAACAAGGCCAGUCUGGUCAGGGGUCUAUGGAAGAACCACAACCAUGAGCCCAGGAGUGUUCAACUGAUUGCCAAGCUUUGUCUGGAGUACGAGGUCCAUGACAAACAUCUGUGGAACAGUAUGCUUCAACAGCUCCAAAAAUUUGGAAUGCUGGAUUAUCUGGAGUAUGUAUUGGUCCAACUAGCUGGGCUAAGGGAACUGAGGUCCAUUCAGUGUCUUCCUAAGGUGUGGUCUGUCAUCCUCGCUACUCCGUUCAUGUCAAGCUGUACGCCACUGAGUGAGGAACAAUCGGAGAGGUGUAGAAAUGUGCUGUCACUGGUUCAGAAGUGUCCGGUCCUGUAUGAUCUUGAUUUCAUACGGCUUAGCUGUCAGUUUCUGAGGGUCGAUAUGCAUGCAGAGGCACUGGCUUGCCUUCUACACAUACCAGACAAAACCAAGAGAGACACUCAGAUUGAUACCCUCUUGGAUACACGUCACAUUAUCAUCUUAGAUUCUCUGUCUCAACUUAUGGAAAAGAAACAACCCCUACCAGAACAUGAACAUGUUGUAGCUGAAGUGUACAGACACAUAGCAUCAAAGGGCAUGUAUGAACUCCUUCUAGAGUCCAAGCACUUCAUGGGACUGGUCCACCAUCUGGCAAAGCAUGAUCAACUCCAGGAGCUAGUCCAGAGGACAAUACAAGCAGACAGGUUAUGGGAUGCCAUCAACCUUGUGAAUGUGUUUCAUGUCUACUACCCUGUCACACCGACUGCACAUGAAUCAACAGGCAUGGAACUCUUAAAGGUCUACCUGGCAUCCCAUGGUCUGGAGGAUGAUGCCAUGAACAUCAUGAAUUUAAUGAAGGAAGAAGACGACGACGCUGAUUGAUGCUUUUAGCUGAAGUGUUCUCCCUUGAAUUCAAUUUUUUACCGAUAGUACUACUUUUGUGCCUUAUCAUUCCUUUGAUUGUCAAGACCAAAGAACAUUUCAUACGUUUGUUUGUUC